AUGAAAGUUCUAAAGAGUAAAUUAACACUUUCUCACUUCCAAAUAAAAAUUAAGACAUUCUUUGACAUAAAACACACUCCGAUAAUACACGUGCGCAAGCGCCGGCGUUCCGAGCCGAAAUUGCGGAUUGAAGAGUGUAUUGGCAUCCGGCCAACUUUCUUGAUCGGUAUACAGUUUCCAUUAUCUGACGCACUAAGUGGCAAACUGUCUACUGAAAGCCGAGCUAUGAUCCAGCAACAAUACGCCGAAAGCGAUAGCACGGCAGAAACAGAGCCUGAUGGAAAAGCACAAAAUGCCAUGCAAUGCUAUGUGCGCGCGCAAGCCGUUUCAGAUAAGUCAGUAGCAGACUGCGUGGAAGCCCUUAUUGGCACUUACCUGAUGAGUGGCGGUAUAUCGGCAGCUGUUGGAUUCCUACAAUGGAUGCGAAUAAUACCUCCAGAGGUUAAUUUCAAACAACUUCUCCAUAAGAAAGUCGACACGGUCCUGACCGAAAAGAAGGUCACUGAGAACGAAAUUGACUGGCUUCUAUACAACAGUCGCGCGGAUGUUGAGAAAAUUAUCAAAUACAAGUUUAAGGAUCCAUCACUUUUAUUAGAGGCAUUAUCUCACGCGUCGUAUAUCCGCAACCGUCACACGAGAUCGUACGAGCGUCUCGAAUUUUUAGGUGACGCUAUCUUGGAUUUCCUCAUAACAUCGCACAUUUUCGAAAAUUCCCACAACAUGUCGCCCGGCGAUCUCACCGACUUGCGGUCGUCUCUUGUGAACAAUGUUACCAUCGCGUCGUAUGUUGUCAAGUUGGGAUUGCACAAGUUCUUAUGUUCUCAAAUAAACGCAGGACUUGAAAACGCAAUAAAAACAUUUGUAGAACACCAAGAGGAGAGGGAACAUGAGAUUGUGGAAGAAGUACUGUAUCUCAUAGAAGAGGAAGAUUGUAACAUUGCUCAGUACAUCGACGUGCCUAAGUGCCUCAGCGAUAUAUUCGAAGCACUAGUAGCGGCAGUAUACCUAGACACGGGCGGGGAUCUGGACGUGGUGUGGUCCAUGAUAUAUAGAAUCAUGCACAAGGAGAUCAGCUUGUUCUCAAUGUGCAUCCCCAAGCAGCCGGUCAGGGUGCUCAUGGAGAUGAUACACCAUUGUCCCAGUUUUGGUGAUCCCUUUAUGACCAAAACUGCUGUACCAAAAGUGAUGGUGCCGGUAACAUUCACGAAGGAUAGCAAGCAACACACGGCGUAUGGCGUCGGGUCGAACAAGUCGCAAGCGAAACGAGCUGCAGCCAAAUUAGCUCUUAAAAUAUUGGCCGCU